AUGUCAUCGACGGCCAUGCCCCAGUGCUACAUCAGUCAAAUCACGCUCGCGCUUCAUCCGAUUUUCAGAGGAAGCGCCUUCGCGGAGUGCGCGGCCAGCCUCCAUGUCGACGUCGCAGCGAUUGCGAGCCCGACGACCAGCUUCACGGAAGGUCAAUUUUUGCGAUUCCACGCGAGCACCAACUGCGCCGUGGCUUACAACCAAAUGACGGCGAUGUACGCGCUCAUGUCGCCCGAGUGCUCGAUCAAAACGUCGCCCCGCCUCAUUACGACCGAGACACGAGCAAAGUUGACGUGGGACAGCCUCACAUUCGACAGCUACAUCUCGAUGUUUGGCAAUGUCGGUGCUCCAGAACCCACGGGCGUCGUCUCAGAAGUCAGACCGUCAACCCCGACUACCAUGGCUGUCAACGGUUCACGAGCCGGCAACAAUUCAUCCAACAGUACCAACAGCUCGGACGCUCAGUACAUCACGCCCACGCCGUCUCAAGGCAGCCGCAUAAGCGCUGUGACUGCGAUUUUCUCCCUCGUAGUCUUUUUAGUGGCCGUAGCGUAGACCAACGCUCAUCAACCCAUUGUACCUAGCGAUUUCACCAAGGCG